AUGGGAGAUUUUAUAGAAGAAGGUAUCAAGACAGGGAGAAUCACAAAUUUGGCAACUUUGCAAGCAACAAGCAAGGCAAUUCAAUCAGAUGCAAUUAAGAAGAAGAAGGACGGAGUGUCCGCGGUCAUGACCAUCCAGGAACGUAGACCAAACCAGAUGCUAACCUACCAAUACCCUUCAUCCCAGCCCGCAUAUUACAGCCAAUACACCCAAACCCCUCAGCCCUACUACCAGCCUCCACCCGCUCCUUACCCUGUUUACCACACCCAGCCAACAUAUUGUCCACCUCGAGCACCCGCCUAUAAAAAACCAUCACGAUACCAACCAAUCUACUCGCCUCAACCCCAAUACCAACCACAAAACCGUCCACAAAAUGCACCCAGACCUCGCCCAAACUUUGAAAGAAAGCCCGCCAAAACUUAUACACCAUUAGCCGAACCUUUAGCCCAAUUGUACGAAAGAUUGAGAACCGCCGGGAUACUCCAUCCAAUUCAAGGGAGAGUUCCUAACCCCCUUCCUAGAUGGUAUGAUGGGACUAAGCAUUGUGCGUAUCACUCAGGAGUUGCUGGACACGAUACAGAAAAUUGCCUUACUCUUAAAGAUAAAGUUGAGGCAUUGAUCAAAGAAGGAGUCAUCCAGCUCAAAGGGGCUCCCCCAAAUAUAAAUGACAAUCCUCUGCCCGAUCAUGGUGAUGCAAAUGUGAACAUGAUCGCCAUUGAUGAAGAAUGUGACCUGGAAGGGACAAUUGUGCCAGUCAAAAAAGAGGAAAAGGUUGAAUCAUCAGCCUUUAUCGCUCCUGUAAUUACUGUUCAAGUGAGGGCACCAAUUGAAGUGGAAGUACUCACUCCCCGCCCUAAGAUCACAGCCUUAGUCGCUCAGGCCCCUUCUUUCAACACCAAAGCAGUUCCCUGGAAUUACUCGACUGAUGAAAGGAACAAGGGAAAGGCAAAACUGGUGGUAGAAACUAUUGCUGCCGGGAUGACACGAUCUGGGCAGUGUUAUGCCCCUGAAGAGGUAGCACGAGGAGCACCAAGCGAAGAAAAUGGUCAAAAGAAAGCUGUGACUAAGGCUGAGGUUGAAGAGUUUUGGAGGAAGAUGCCAACCAAGGAAUAUUCUGUGGUGGAACAGUUGAAGAAAACUCCAGCCCAAAUUUCUUUAUUGUCGCUGUUGAUGAGUUCCGAAACCCAUAGGAACGCUUUGGUGAAAGUACUAACUGAAGCCUAUGUGCCAGCCGAGACCUCUAGCGAGAAAUUUUCAGCCAUGGUUGGAGAAAUUCUCGAAGCCCACAGAGUCUCUUUUCAUGAGGAUGAGUUGCCACCUGAAGGUUUGGGGCACAACAAGGCAUUGAACAUCACAGUCAGAUGCAGGGACAAAUUCAUUUCUAAGGUAUUGAUUGAUGGAGGAUCAGCUGUGAAUAUAUGUCCUGUCACUACUCUCCGAGCUUUGGGGAUUGGUGUCGGGAAGCUUCGCGACAGUCAGGUAAGAGUCAAAGGUUUCGAUGGAGCCCAGAGAGGUGUCGUGGGAGAGAUUGACUUAGCCUUGGAAAUCGGACCUGUGGAAUUCAUGGUGGAGUUCCAAGUAAUGGACAUAUCUGCUAGCUACAAUUUGCUGAUAGGAAGGCCGUGGAUUCACAUGGGGUGCGGUUCCCUCUACCUUGCAUCAAAGUUUGAAGUUUGUUUGGAACCGCAAGAAGUUGUGAUCCAUGGAGAGGGAACAAUUCGAUCUAUCCCGAGAAUGCAAUUCUGUUAUUGA